ACAUAUGUAGAUAACUUAUUUCAACUAGUAUAUAAAGAACGUCCUGAUGGUUUCAAAUCAUUCUGGAGUCAGUUUUCCAUUGAAUACAAACAAAUAUGUCUACCUUCGCUUUCUUACUGCUUUGCAUCCAGGCUUGCCUGAUUCAGAAUGUAUGCAGUAAUUACUUAGCGAAUACAGGAGCUCGCGAGGUCGCUGUCGAAAAAACAACUGUAGUUGACACCGUGGAAGUUGAACGUGCCGAUCGUGGCUAUGGAAUUGCAAAGGCUGGUUUGGCUCCUGGAUACGGCUGGGGCCCUGGAUACGGAUACGGUCCAGCUGGCCUGGGACUCGCCGGUGCCAAUAUUGAAGCUAUCGGUGUUGAACGAGUUGGUCUCGGCGCAACUGGGCUCGGUGGAUAUGGGUGGGAAGCUGCUUAUGGCGUUGCUGGUUUAGGCCCCGCCAAAAUUGGCGCCAUCGGUCUACCUGCACCUCCUGUGCCUGUGGUCAACACUGGCUACGGUGGCGUGGGAAACGGUGUGGUUGAAGCUUUUGCUGAUCUCCCAGUCUUUGGCACCGCUCUCCUGGGAGGCCAAGUGCCAGUGCUCGGCGCUGUGGAAUUCGCUGGUAUCCUGCCCGCUACUGGCGCCGUGUCCAUCUCUGGAAACUGUGGGUGCGGUCUCGGUUACACUAACAAACUGUACUAAUUUAUCGAAACGAACAAUUUAAUAAAUAAAUGACUAUCAUAUGCAUUUUAAAAGCAA